UAUAUAAACGUUUGUAUCUUCAAAGCCAUCAAUUUCUUUUUCAAGCUUAUAAUUUUUUUUUCUCAAGAAACAGGGAAACUCAUAUAUAUACAAAGAAGAAAUCAGUUGCUUUCAGAGCUUGUAUUCUGGAAAAUCAUUUUCAAUUCUCCUUCUUUCAACAUAUGCAUCUAAUGAGAAAAUUAGUCUUGUCCAAGUUGAAAUCGACUCUCAGAAGACAACGUAGAAUUGAGAAUGACGGUUCAGGUAGCUUGAUGAACAAGUCAAAUGUGAACGAAGAGUAUGUUGAAGCCUUAAGAACUAAGUCUUACGUAGAAAUGUUCAAUAAAGUUCAAGAACAACUGGAAGGUGGAAAAUUAGAUCAUCAUGAUCGUAGAUUAUCGUCGUCUUCUUCUCUUCAACUCGAUACAAAUCUAUGUGGAGAAGCACCUGCUGAAAUCCCUGAAUCAUGUCAACUUCAUCCCCUUAUUACUAACUACUUUGAUAUAACCUUAGAAGCAUGCAAAAUCUGUGAGUUACUACUUCAAAAUGUGCAACAAACAAGAGCUAAUUAUAGGAAGAUUAGAAGGGCUGUUAGAUUAGUGAAAGUGGGAUCGGAUUCGAGGCAAGAUUAUAGUGUAUAUAGAGAACUUGCUUCAUUUGCUUCCAUCAAGAAUCCUUUCUCAGUUGUUAACCAAGUGCAGAUUCUCGAGUCACACGAAGGUCAUGAUUUAUUGCUUCAGAAAUUAUCAUCACAAUUCAGAAGAGUUAACAGAAGGAUGAAAUUCUUGAAAUCUUGCAAGAGGGUAUUUGGAAUUAGCAUUGCAAUAGGGUACACUGGUAUUAUGAUAGCUUUAUUAGUCCUAAUUCUUCAUAGUAUGGUUUGCAUUGUGGCUGCCCCUGGGUUAAUAGCUUGCUCUUAUAAGCUGUUCAAGAAGAGAUUGAAGGUUGAUAAAAGAACGAUAAGUUCGAGUUCACUUGAAAUACUAAUAGCACAGCUUGAUGUAGCAGCAAAAGGGGUGUACAUAUUGAUUAAUGACUUUGAUACGAUGAGUCGGCUAGUGCGGAGACUAUAUGAUGAAAUUGAACAUAAUAGAUCUGUAGCUGAUAUGUGUGCUAGAAAGAAAAAUGCCGAUAUGUUGAAGGAGGCAAUAAGGGAUUACAGUAUUAACAAAGACUGCUUCAUGGAGCAGUUGAAAGAGCUUGAAGAGCAUGUUUGCUUCUGUUUCCUCACUAUAAACAGAUCAAGAAGAAUGGUUCUACGAGAAAUGGUCAACAGAUGAGUUAGCGCAAUUUAUUGAAUUAAAAAACAACUGAGUGAUUUUUUAGUGUUCGUAUCCUAAUAUUGGAAAAAUUCUUUUCCUCCACUUUGUGUUUCUUGUUUAACAUAAUGGAGGUCAUAGCAUGUUCAGAAUUCUUCUCAUGUUUCUAGUUCAAGCAAUACAAUCCAAUAAGAUUG